GCAAAUAACACCCUAAACAGCUCUACCGUCCAGAACCGAAACGAUGGCAGGAUCACAGUUGAAGCAGCUCAAAGAGGCCCUUCGAGCCAAAGGAUUGGUGGGACAAACCAAUGUGAAGAAGAAGAGUAAGACAUCGAAAAGGACACCCUCUGAAACAAGAAGGAACGACAAAGAGCAAGUGAUUAAUGAGAUUAGAAGUCAGUUUAAUCAGUUUGAUCAAAGAUUGAAUAGGACUAAACGGGAUGUUAGUGUUAUUCAGGGAGGCAAGUUCGUGAAAGCCGGAUCUAAACAGCAUAAUGAUGCCACUAGAAGCAAAUCUAAUGUACAGAAGAAUAUGAAGAUGCAAUAUGAUUUAGAGAAGAGAAGUCAUGGAAAGAAUAGUGCUAUUGUUGAUAGACGAUUUGGAGAAUCCAAUAAGCAUUUAAGUGCGGAAGAAAAGAUGUUGGAAAGAUUCACCCGAGAAAAGCAAUCGCAAUCAAAGAAGAGAGGGUUAUAUUCUAUUGAAAGUGAAGAUGAAUAUGAUGAAGAUGAGGGACUCACUUUAACUCAUGGUGGGAAAGUUUUAUCAUUGGAAGAUGAAGAUGAUGCCAUAGGAGAUGGUUCUGCCACCAGGUUUGUUGAUGAAGAUCAGUUGGAAGAUGAAGCAGAUCAACCACAACGAAAGAAGAGUAAGAAAGAAGUCAUGAAAGAAAUCAUUGCCAAAUCUAAAUUCUAUAAACAUCAAAGACAAGUAGAAUUCCAAAAGACUCAAGAUAAUAUUGAAGAUUUGGAUGAAGAGUUUGGAGAUAUUAUGCAAGAAAUAGCUAAUAUCAAGAAUCCAGCAAAACCUAAGUUCCUGACAAAGACAGAGGAAGAAAAGGAGUAUGAUAGUAAGGUAAGAGAAUUGACAUAUGAUAGAAGAUCGGUUCCUGCUGAUAGAACUAAGACAGAUGAAGAAUUGAAGAAAGAGCAUGAUGAUAGAAUGAAAAAAUUAGAGGCUGAUAGAUUGAAGAGAAUGAGUGGAAUGGAAAUUGAAGAUGAUCGUAAUGCGGAAGGAGAUGACUUGGAUGAUGAAUUUUGGGCCGGUAGUGAUGAUAAUGAAGAGGAUGGAUUCACCAUCAAAGAUUCUGAAAAUGAAGAAGAAGACGAAGAAGAAGACGAAGAUGAUGAUAAUGACGAUGAAAAUCCUAAUUCAAAACCAAUUGGAAGGGUUUCAGUCAAGAAGCAACCACAAAUAAUAAUACCUGCAAGUCACGAAGACUUUUUAGCAUCUCUCAAAGAUAUUGAUACUACUAGACAUCCAGCAUAUGUUAACAAGAUCAUUGAAAUUUAUAGACCAAAUUUAGCUGAAGGUAAUAAAGAUAAAAUGAAUACCUUUGUCGGAAUCUUAUUUGAGCAUAUCCUUUACCUUUCGGAAGAUGAUUCCAACACUGCUACAAUUGAAAAAUUAUCGGCUAUCCUUAAGAAAUUAGCUGAAUCAUAUAAUCAAGUCUUAGUUGAGACUAUCAGACAAGAAAUUAAUUUUAUACAAGAAAGAGUUCUUGAUAAUAGUGGACUUAUACUCAAGAGAGAUUAUGUAUUUUUCAUCAUUAUUGGUUAUUUAUUUUCCACUUCGGAUCAUUAUCAUUUGAUUGUUACUCCAUGUUUAAUCGUCAUGGCUGAAACAUUAACCACCCUAAUUUAUCAACCGAAAGCAUCCUUAGCUCAUAUCACUCAAGGUAUAUUCAUCUCUGAUAUUUUAUUGAACUAUCAACGAUUCUCAAAGAGAUAUAUUCCCGAGAUAGUCAAUUUUAUAGAAAAGGCAUUAUUGAUUCUUUCUCCUGAACCAACAGGUAUAUCACCAUCUGCAUUAUUAUUAUCUACUAAUUCCAUAAUAGAUACUCAAUUAAACUUAUCCAAAUCAUUUAAACCAGAAGAAAUCUUCAAAACCACUGAUAUUCAAUUUAGUAUUGGUGAUUUAAUUAAUAAAUCUAAUCAAGAAGCUGACAAUGCUUUUAAGUUUCAAUUACUUAUUAAAUUGAUUUCCUUAGUUGAAAAAUCAGUCAAUUUAUGGAAGGAGAAAACCAAUUUAAUUGAAGUUUUAAAUUCCGACAUUAUCAUUUUAAAGCAUUUUAUUAAAUAUUAUGCUACACAAUUACCAUUUUUGGUUGAUUUAAUUGCUAGAUUGACUAAGAUUAGAACCAACUUAAGUAAUGAAAGAAUACCAUUGGUUCUUCAACAUCAUCGUGCUAUCCCUAUUGCUACUUAUGCACCUAAAUUUGAAGAAAACUUUAAUCCUGAUAAAAAAUCUUAUGAUAGUAAUGUUGAACGUCAAGAAGUAUCUAAGAUGAAGAAUCAAUUGAAGAAGGAAAGAAAAGCUGCUCUUAAGGAUAUUAGACAAGAAUCUAGAUUUGUUGCUAAUGAACAAAUUGAAGAAAAGAAACAAAUGUAUGAUCAAUAUCAUAAGAAAAUGGCUAAUAUUGUUAAUACUAUUGCUACUACAGAAGGUGCUGAGAAGAAUGAGUAUGAAAGAGAAAAGAAAUUACGUAAGUCUAAAAAAUAGAAGAUUGUAUAAUUAUGUAGCUUUAGAAGUAUAUGCUUGACAGUAAAAAAUAUUAUUUAAUAUUAUUAUUUCUUGCGUUUUAAAGAUCUGCGACAAAAGAUGGGUGCAAAAAAAUAAUAUGUCAAGGGUCCAGAAAUAACGUAUCUCUAUAGAAUGCUAUUAUUGAAU